AUGCCUUAUCGUCUUGAGCUCAGUCCCAACAACCGCGCCGCCUGCAAGGCCACAACUUGCAAGGACAAGGGCGUCAAGAUCAUGAAGGGCGAGUUUCGCCAAGCUACUCAAGUCACAAUCCACGAGCAUCAGAGCUGGGCCUACCGCCACUGGGGCUGCGUCACCCCGAAGCAACUCGAAAACAUGAAGGCCGAGUGCGGCAUGGACAUGGACUACGUCGAUGGCUACGAAGAGCUACCCCAUGAACUCCAGGAAAAGGUCUACCGCGCUCUGGACCAAGGUCACGUCGACAUGGAAGACUGGAAGGGUGAUCCCGAGUACAAUGUCCCUGGAAAGAGCGGUACUGGUCCCAGAAAGACCAAGAAGAAGAAGGAAGAAGAGGCUGCUGCCGCUGCCGAAGCUGCAGGCGAAAACCCUCCUAGUUCCUCUGCCCCCGAGCCGGCUCCCAAGAAGCGCGGUCGCAAGAAGGCCGAUGCCGACGAUGAAGAAGCUGAGGCUCCCCCACCUAAGAAGGCCAGAGGAAAGAAGGCAGUCAAGGCCGAGGUUGCCGACGAUCAUGUCGAUAACGAAGAGGCCGACGUCAAGCCUGCUCCUCAGAAAAAGACUGCCAAAAGCAAGAAGGCAGUCAAGGCAGAGGAGACUUCCGACGUCGACGACACCAUGGCACCCAGAAGACUGACCGCAAAGGGCAGAAAGGUCAAGGUCGAGCAAUUGUCUGAUGUCGACGAGCCCGAAGCACCCGCACCUGCUCUAAAGAAGGCUGCCAAGGGCAAGAAGGCAGUCAAGUCCGAGGAGGCUGACGUCCUCAAGGAGCCCACCAGAAAAUCUUCCAGAGCAAAGAAGCCAGUCCCAGUCGCCAACCCCGACGCCGAUUCGUCGUCCGAUACCGAGCCUGCUCCUCAAAAGAAGAAGACUGCCGCCAAACCUCGCAAGACGGCCAAGUCCAAGGAUGUCGUCAAGUCCGAGGACGAGGCAGAUGAUGCUCAGGAGCCUGCUGAGCCCGCCUCUGAGCCUGUUGAGGAAGCCGCUGAAGAACCCGAAGCAGCUGUUGAGGAGGAGGUCAAGCCUGCUCCCAAGAAGAAGCGCGUUUCAAGAAGAAGGCAUAGGCCCGUUGAUCUCGAGUCCACUUGA